CCGGGCAGCAGUGGCAAUUACGCACGGAGAGACGCGCGCGGCGCGCAUGCGACCGGCGAAUUAUAUCUGGCGCGCGCACUCGACCCGGCCGCAUAAUCAUCAUCACCUCGCGUGCGUUCGGCGCCCGUCAAUCGCACCAAUUACAGCCGUUUAAUUGUAUUUGCUCAGCGGCGUGGCGUGCGUCUGUCAGCGCGCGCGCGCAGGCGGCGAACGCGGCGGCGUCGACGCGCGGCCUCAGUGUGGUGCCGGCCCCGGACCAUGAUGAACGUGAUGCACCCGGACCGGAUGGGUGCGCCGAUGCUGGCGGGCGGCCACGGCGGCGGCGGCGCGGCGCUGCCGGCCUUCCCUCAGCGUUCGCCGUUCGCCAUCCAGGAGCUGCUCGGGCUGAAUCAGGAGCAGCGCUCGCCGACGGCGAUGGCGCCGACACUGCCGCCGCCGGCCGUCUCCUACAGCCGGCCGCACUUCAUGUCGCAGCCGAGCUUUGACCACCUGAACUCGAUGGCGACGUCGCGGAUGUACCAGGCGGCGGCGGCGGCGGCGGCCGGCUUCCUGCCCUCGGUCAGCAUGGCCGGCGGCAUGCCCUCCCACGGGCCCUCUUUCGGCGGCUUCGACCCGCUCCGCUCCAUGGAGCAGCACACCGCGCAAGACCUGUCGUUACGGCUUACAAGCCUGCAGAACCAGAACGAGCUGCUCGACAAAGGCUAUCAGCAAGGAGGCGCGCUGAAUAAGAAGAAGAAAAAGAAGCGGAGACACAGGACCAUUUUCACCAGCUACCAGGUAGAAGAGCUGGAGAAGGCAUUCAAGGAGGCACACUAUCCAGACGUCUACGCCAGGGAGAUGCUGUCCCUGAAGACUGACCUGCCCGAAGACCGGAUACAGGUAUGGUUCCAGAACCGGCGCGCCAAGUGGCGCAAGACGGAGAAGACGUGGGGACGCUCCACCAUCAUGGCCGAGUACGGCCUGUACGGCGCCAUGGUGCGCCACUCGCUGCCACUGCCAGAGACCAUCGUCAAGUCUGUCAGCGAGGACAAGGACUGCCCGGCGCCCUGGCUGCUCGGCAUGCACCGCAAAUCGCUGGAGGCGGCCGAGCAGCUGAAGGACGUCACCGAGGACGAGAACAGCAGCCAGAACGACAGCGGCGACGAGCAGGCGCGGCUGCAGCCGGCGCAGCAGCCAGCGCAGCAGCGGGAGCAGCAGCCGGACGACUUCCGCAGCAGCAGCAUCGCGGCGCUGCGGGCGCGCGCGCAGGAGCACAGCGCGCGCAUUCUGAGUGACGCGGCACAGAUGACGUCAGCCAUCCUGCAGCGCAGCGCCGCCGACAGUCAGCAGCAGCAGCAGCAGCAGCAGCAGCCGAAAAAACUGGCGUCAGUGCAGCAACCAGACUCUGACUACCGGGUCGCAGCUAUUAAAUGA